AUGCCUGUACUUCGUUGGAAUUCGACAGGUAUUACUGUUGCCGGCAUUACUAAUAAUUCUGGUAACGCAGAUAAUCAACUUAAUUUUCCUACAGAUGUAAAAUUGGAUUAUGAACAUAAUCUCUAUAUUGUUGAUUCCAACAAUCAUAGAAUUCAAAAAUAUUUAUUUGGUGCUUUAACUGGUCAGACAGUAGCUGGAAAUGGAACAUCUGGCUCAUCUCAGUAUCAACUGUCUUAUCCAUUAACGAUGAUGAUUGAUUCGAAUGAAAAUCUUUAUAUAUCAGAUACAUCUAAUGCACGGGUUCAAUACUGGCCUAAGGGUGCUGUUUCGGGGACAACAAUUGCUGAUACAACAGGUAAGACAAAGAUAAUAAUAUUAGGUUGGCAACAAAGUUCUUGCGUUUUUUUUGAAAAUGUUCUAAAACAUUCGAGAAAGUUCUAGAACUUUCCAUACUAAGGGUAUAUAAAGCGAGUGUGAAUAUCUUUCGAAUUAUAAUAAAGUCAUCGAUAUGGACGCUGAUCAUGAACUGAAAAUGAAUCUUUCUCGUAGAGAGAUUCGAGUGCUUUUACUUCAUGAAUUCCGUCUGGGUCACAAAGCAACCGAAGCAGCCAACAACAUAUGCAGCACGAUGGGCGAGGAUGUACUCUCUAUUCGUACGGCACAACAAUGGUUCAAUCGCUUUAAGAACGGUAACUUAGAACUCGACGAUUUACCUCGAUCCGGUAGACCACUGGAAGUGGAUGUGGAUCUUUUAAAGCAGCUUAUCGAACAAGAUCCUCGGUUGACUUCACGGUGUUUAGCAGAGCAGCUUGGGUGCUCUCAUACUGCGGUAGAAAAACAUCUGAACGAAUUAGGCAAAACAUGGAGAUAUGGAGUUUGGAUACCCCAUGAGUAAUCACCACAUCAACUUCAACACAGGGUUGAUGCUUGUAUGGAUUUAAUGGCAUCUCACCGCAGCUAGCAAUGGCUCCGCAAACUUAUCACCGGUAAUGAGAAGUGGGUGUUGUAUAUUAACUACCCAAGCAGACAAGAAUUUGGAAAAACGCGUUUAAACCCUACAAUCGGGAACCGCGAUUGUGAUCCACUGACGCUCAAAAAAAUAACGCCGUUUUUUGCGUGUUUCGCGUUUUUUUGCGCUUAAUUUUCAGUUUUUGGCCGUGAAAACGGCGAAACCCCCACUUUUUGAGCGCUAAAACGCUUGAUUUUUAAGUUCCAGAAAACUUCAGAAGUAAAAGCACGUUUUAACGCUCAAAAAGUGGGAUUUUCGCCGUUUUCACGGCCAAAAACUGAAAAUUAAGCGCAAAAAAACGCGAAACACGCAAAAAACGGCGUUAUUUUUUUGAGCGUGAGUGGAUCACAAUCGCGGCUCCCGAUUGUAGGGUUUAAACGCGUUUUUCCAAAUUCUUGUCUGCUUGGGAUACACACACAGACGCCAGUGGCUAAGCCCUGGUCAAGCAGGCGUAGCAACACAUAAGACUGAUCCACACCCCAAGAAGGUGAUGCUGAGCGUUUGGUGGGUGUCAAUGGAAUUAUUCACUGGGAAGUUCUUCCAAAUGGUUGCACCAUCACUGCUGAUCUCUACUGUCAACAAUUGGACCGGGUUGCCGAAAAACUCAAGGAAAAGCAGGAUCGAAUUUUCUAUUUGCAUGAUAACGCAAGACGCCAUGUUGCAAAGUCGAUCUGCGAAAAAUUAUUGAAGCUCAGAUGGAUUACCAUUCCUCAUCCACCUUAUUCUCCUGACUUGGCUCCAACAGACUACCAUUUGUUUCGUUCUCUUUCUCAUCACUUGCGUGAGAAAAAGUUCGACGACGACAACGACGUGAAAAUGGAUAUCGCCAACUUCUUUGGUCAAAAGUCCCAGGACUUCUACGAACACGAGAUCCUAUCUCUGCCAGAGCGUUGGCAACAAGUCAUAGAUAGUAGUGGUGCAAAUAUAACUGAAAGCUAGUUCUACUGUUGAAGUUAAAAAAUAAAAAUAAAAAUUUUGAAAAAAACGUAAAAACUUUGUUGGGUGUGGGUGUGUGGGUGUGGGUGUGUGGGUGUGUGUGGGUGUGUGUGGGUGUGGGUGCGUGUGGGUGUGGGUAGAAAGAAACGUUACACCCACACCCACACACCCACACAUCCACACCCACACACCCACACACCCACACACCCACACCCAAACCUGCCGUCAUUUAAAAGCACGAAUGAGUGAACACUUAGCAGAACAGAAAAAAAAUAUCAUCUCCACCAGUAAAAGUACCUGAACCGAAAUUAAACUCGAAUGUGUCAUCAAAAAAAGUAAUCGUAAUCACAAUUUACAGCUGAUGAUGACCAGGUCAAAAUCACAUAUGAUUAAACAUGAAAUCAAUCAACGAAAAUUAUCACCUAAAGCUCUAACAAAAGCAGGAAAUAAUCGGAAACUAACAGAAGCAUUUAAUACAACAACCGCAACAAAAAUUCAUAUGACUAGGUCACAAACUAAACAAGUAACAUCUAUUAAAACAGAUUGGAAAAAACUAGAAACCGAUGAGCUUCUAUAAACCGUGAUUCCAGUAGACAAAAAGGCAAAUAACACGAUUCCUAAAUCUGCCUUGACCAAACAUUUUGUCUCUACUGGACAUAUUUUCACCACCGACGACUUCAAAGUUCUAUUGUCCGAUCGACAUCGGUACCGAGUAUUAAUUAAAGAAUCUAUAUUGAUACGACAAAGAGAACCAAAACUUAACGGUACCGAUCGAUCAAUACCAUUGUAUAUCUUUCCAGAUGGAAUUCCAAAAAACACCAAUCCACCAUCCAAACCAGGCACUCCAACAUCUGAUCACCAAACAUACACAGCCAUGCACACAUGCUUUCUCUAAACUAAAAUAAAAGCAUCAUAUUUCAUAUCCACCGAAAACAAACCAACAGACUAAAACAACCAUAUAAAUAUUACUUCUACUCCCAAUCUAUUCAAUCAACAACGAAAGUUCGAUCUCACAAAAAUCUCCCAUCGUACUAAUAAAAUAAGUGCCUAAAUUUUCAAUACUACUCUGAAUUCAAUACACACCAAAAAGCUAAUUCCUUAGAUACUUCAUCAUCCAUUUCUCCAAAACAUGCUUUCAUCAUUUACAACUCAUAAAAAUAUACAUCCACUAAAAUCCUAUCUUCCACUAUUUGUCCAACAAUAAAACCACAUCACAUAGUAAACAAACCAAAACAUGCAGAGACAUUCCAAAGACUACUAAGCUAACCUACACUUUAAUACCAAACAAAAGUACUGUAGAUGACCGAAUUUGCAAACUGGUUCCAACAGACACUGGUCGAAAAUUCUACCUGUCAUAUAAUUGAAUAGAAUAGAUAAAUUAAUUAAUUAUUACUGCAUUUUCUUUUGAUUUAUCAAUCAUGUAUUAGAAAGCUCUCUACACUUUUCGAAGACCAUAUAACGAAAACACUAUUUCUAUGCGAAAGAAAGUAAAGAUGAUGACCUAUUGAAUGGUGUAAUCAGAGUCAAAAAAUACGUUUUCUUCAUUGAGAAACUUGCUUCACAAGAUAGAUGUAGUGGGCGGUUCGAAAAAUUUUUGGCUGUGGGUGGAUCUGGAUGUAAUUGAGUGUGUGUGAAUGAGUGUUAGUCUUCUUUUCAUCACCCAUACUCACCCCACACCCGUCUUGAUAGUCAUCAUCUCUAUUAUAAUCAAUUGUGAUCGACUUCUUCUAUCGGUUAUGACUUUGCGAAAGUAUAAUGAAACACUUUUUUACGGAAAGGUAGGACAAUAAACCCUUGAUCGUAGAAUAAAAACUCUUUUCUUGAAAGGAUAGAACAAUAAACACUUUACCGUAGAAUAGUAAACUCUUUUCAUGGAAAAGUAGAACAAUAAACCCUUUGCCAUAGAAUAAUAAACCCUUUUCAUGAAAGGGUAGAACAAUAAAUCCUUGGCCGUAGAAUAAUAAACCCUUUUCAUGAAAGGCAGAGCAAUAAACCCUUUUUAUUUUUAAAUACCCUUUUUCUCAGAAAUCCUUUCGCACAAAAACCCUUUAAGGGUUUAAUACACUGGCAUAAACCCUUUAAGGGUUUAGGAAAAUUUUCCUAAAGUGCUAGGGCUUAUUAUUCUACGGAUUUUUUUUACAGUGCAUGCAUACACUGCAUGAUACGGAUACGUUGCAUGGAGUAAAUAAAUGAUUUUGUUAUAGUUACUGCAAAGUUAGAUUUCUUUAUUGCAGCCGACUCUUAACUUAAUAAUAGCUGUUGUAAAUGGCGUUCGUCUGAGUAUAAAACAUGCAUACUCCUCUAUCAGUGAUAAAUAACAAUACUGUUUAAAGACAUAUAAGCUUCGAUCAGCGAAGCAGGUUAGUAAAAGAAAAAGAAGAGAAUAUACAAGCAGUGUUGUGUUUUGAUUUUAUUACUGUAUUAUGGUGUGGUUGCUUUUUAUUACUCUGUGUGUCUUGCAAUCCGUAAAUUCUCGUAUGAACUUGAGGCGACUAAACCAUCCCGAACACUUCGCUGCCGCGAGAUCCAGAUGGCUGGAGGACUAUGCACCUGCCAAGCAGAAAAGUGUAUCAUUUGUCGGACAUACAUUCAAAAAUCCCAAAGCACAAAGUAGAUCUAUAUACUUCAUUUCAUACUACUAUGAUUUAUUGAAAAUAGACUUUUAUGUGAAUGGAACAGCGAUCCCCAAUGUCACAUUUGAUGUUGGUCCUUCGUGGGCUGGUCUUUUGCCUAUUAGCAAUGCCUCAAACGAGACGCAACAGCUCUAUUUCUGGUAUUUUCCCUCACAAACGGUCGAAGGCAUCAAUGACCUUGUCAUUUGGUUAAAUGGAGGUCCUGGCUGUUCCAGGUCAAUAGUACUUGAACACUUUUUCUUUAGAGUCAUGUUAUUCUUUGUGUAGUCUCGAAGGCCUACUUCAAGAAAAUGGGCCCUUUCUAUGGCGAUGGGGCACUGCCUACCCGAUGCCCAACCCCUAUGCUUGGAAUGCGUUAGCCAAUGUUCUUUGGGUGGAACAACCUGUCGGUACUGGCUUUUCUCAGGGAAUCGUCAAUAUUCACAAUGAAAAUGAACUUGCGUGAGAAAACAAAGAGAGAAGAUUGAAUGUUAUCGUAGAAGCUUUGCUUUUUUUUAGAGAACAAUUCUACGGCUUUCUCACUCAAUUCUUUGACAUAUUUGCUGAGAUCAAAAACAGUAUCGUGUAUCUUACAGGAGAAUCUUAUGCUGGAGUUUUUAUGUGAGUACCUUUUACGAAUAUGUAUAGUACAUUUGUGCAAGUGAUACACAUUAAGAUAAAAUGUAUGGUAUUUAUGUGUUGCUCGAGUUAGCGCCGCACAUUCUAGAACGAAAAUGUUCUGUAGUCUUCCUGAACUUAUACAUUUUCGUAUAUGGGUUUUCUAAAUGAUUUUUCGACUACUCAUUGUCCAAGAUUACAUUGAGAGAUUAGUCAACAGUCGAGUGUUAACUCUGUUAAACCUUCUAAUCAAGACCAAAUCGACUCGAGAUGACUAGAGAUCAUACCGGGAUACGGAUGUGCAGUUUCAGUGAAAACACUGAAGAACUGCUUCAGUGCUGACUGAAGUACCGAACGGCAGUGCACACUGAACUUCAGUGCAUUGAUCUCACCGGCAUUGGCAUUCAUUGGAACACUGGGUCACUGCAUGUGUCAGAGUAAAUAUCUUUGCCAGUUUUAAAGUUGGUUUUAUAAUAGGCUGUAGUAGAAUAAGGAAAUACGAAUGACAUACUUGAAACAUUUUUUAGGUUCAAAAAAUUUCGAUAAAGUUAUGAUUCAAAUUAAUUUUGAAAAUGUUGUAUUAAAAUAUUAAAUUAGUAUCUGUCAAGAAACGGUAAUUUUAAAAAAAUGGAUUCAUUUUAUGUCAUAUUUUCUAGCUAUGUCUAUCAAUUCAAACGCGAGCGAAAAAUAUAAUUCAUGACCAUAAGCGCACAGACUUCUUAGAAUCUACGGCUUCUAUAACUUCCAGUUUACUGUACAACAUUAAGAAAAGUAUAACUUUAUGUAAAGUGUUUCACUCUUGUCUUCAUAUUUGGACCUAUGUAACUUUACCAAGAAUAAUUGCUUAUAUUCGGAGCUAAGAGACAUUUAUAUCCGACGAAACAGAAGAAAGAAAUGUACAACAUUCUUUUCUGUUGUUCGGCUGCUUAACAUAACAUAUCCGACUAUACUAUGAAAGCAGAAAGAUGAAGGAGCUGGAUAAUUUCUUUUCUCUCUUCCAACUUUAUAAUCCAGUGCACCGAAUGAGAGGACAAAACUAUGAAGUAGGAUAUAGUCAGCUUCGCUUAAGAAUUACGAGCUUACGACGGACAUGAAUUAUAAAGAAAUUCAAGAAAAUUAUAAAAUAAUUCAAAUUCUAUUAAUAUGUUUCAACUAACUGACUAGGUACUACCAUCUACUAGAAGGUACUAUCAGGAAUUACUAGAGCUCAGUUAGGCUUUUCAGGAUCUCAAGGAUUCAUCAAGGCUUUUCGACACCCACGUCAAGUGAGACGUGAUGUGAAUCUUUUUGCGGCCAACAAGUCCAAACCAUAGUUGAACAUGUUGAUGCUGGAGACACUGGUAGACCCUGGAGACUAUGGCAGGCCCUUCUUCAGCAACUUUGAAUUAUUUUGUAAUUAAUGCUUUUUGAAUUACUUUAUAAUUCAUUUGCGUCGUCCAUUGUAGUACCUGGUGGUACCUAAUGGCACCUUCUGAUGUCUGGCGGUGCCUGGUAAAUUAGCUAGAGCAUAUUAAUACCAUUUGAAUUAUUUUUAUAGUUCAUUUCCAUCAUCCAGUGGAUCAGUCCUAAAAAGAAAGAAAAAUUAUUGUAAUAUUAUGACGAUAUUCAAUGGAAAAUCGUUUCGAAUUUCAU